AAUAAAUUUGUAGGAAGAGCAUGAACUGACUCAUUUAAGUUCCAUACCGGUCCAUCAGUGCACUGUCGGUAUUUCGGUCAAUCAUGAAGGGAGUUACGCUAUUGAUUUUCGCUGCCUGCUUGGCGGUCGGAGCAAGUUUUAGCUUAUCCUGCAAGUAUCCGCCAUCCGUUUGGUGCUCUUCACUUGAAAUUGCGACUGAAUGUGGGGUUCUUCGGCAGUGUCCGGACUUCAAUAACACAAAGUCAGACCCAUCUUCAGUGGGAGUGGCUCUUUACUAUGAAUCUCUGUGCCCUGGUUGCAGACAGUUCCUAACUAGUCAGCUGUUUCCCACAUGGGUCAUGUUAAGCGACAUCAUGAACGUUACACUUGUCCCUUAUGGGAAUGCACAGGAGUCCUAUGAUGGAAAGCAGUAUAAGUUCACUUGCCAACAUGGGGAGAAAGAGUGCCUUGGCAACAUGAUUGAGACAUGCAUACUGAAUGGAGUGCCCCCUGCAAAUGCUUUUCUUAUACUCUUCUGCAUGGAGGCCUCUGCUGAUGUGGUGAAAGCUGGCCAGGCGUGUGUCGAGCUGCACGCUCCAUCAGUAAAAUGGGAGACCAUCAUGACCUGUGUGAAGGGAGACGAAGGGAACAAGCUGAUGCAUGAGAAUGCGCUCAAGACUGGCGCACUGAAACCACCUCAUGAAUACGUGCCCUGGGUGACCAUCAAUGGAGAGCACACUGAUGCCAUGCAGGAAACGGCAAUGCAAUCCCUUUUCAAUCUGGUUUGCAGCCUGUACAAGGGCGAGAAGCCACCGGCCUGUACCCUGGCAGCGAAGGACAAAAGCAGAAGUUACUGUUUCAACUAGUCCGGUUGUGAGACUUGAUUAUGAAGUACUGUGUCACACAUAUAUGUACACAUUUCGCACGUUUUUUUUAAAUGUCUACCAGGAAGAUAUUCUGAAUAUUUUAAUUACUUCCCAUGUUUUUUAGUUAAACACUGUUUAAAUGGUGGCGGUGGCUAAAUGAAUUGUAUUAAAGGCGCACAGGACACUGUAUUGAUAUUUUCUGAUUGCUACACUGUCGCAAACCAUUGCAUCAGUUUUUGAAACACUAGUAAUGACAUUUGAACAAUUUGUUAUGCUGAUAAUUUGGGUGUUUUUAUACCAUUGAAAAUAACAAUAAAUAAAGUUUUCAUACA